CGGUCUUUUGCCGCGCGGGGCCCAGCCGGUCGGCCGUCCGGGCUCGCUGAGCCAGAGCGGCGGCCCCGCGCCGCGGCGUCUGUCAUCGUGGCGCCCUUUUCGUAUGAGGAGACGCCUGCUUCGAGUGGCUUUGCAGACGGGGCUCUCAAGCAGGGCAGCAGGGUCGUCGGAAUGUGCUCGAGCCUAAUGCAUGACACUGCAGGCGUGCCCCUUGUCGCGCAGCCAAUCGACGGAGGAGCCACGAGCUUCUUCACUCCAAGCAUUAGCGCCGCGCUGACAGGGUGCACCAGACGCCGCCAA